UGGUUCAAAACCUGCAUACAUGUUAAAUUCUUUGUCAUCAUGUCUCAGAAAUCAGUAGUGACAUUUUAGUCCUAAUAACCGAUUGGGAGAGAGAAGAUAUACAUUAUGUCCUUCGAAGUUAACUUGAUCUCGAGGAUACAACUAAUUUAUGGAGUUUGUGUGCAUCAAAGGAAAUGAUUAAAUGCGGAACAGUUUGCUUUCUUAAACGAGAGAUAGGCGAGGAUAAUAGUUCACACUAUCAAUUAUUUUAAGUAGAGAUAAACUUACGAGCCAAUUACAAACGCAAUAUACCAGACAAAUUCCAGCAACAACACCUCUAGCAGUACAAAUGUAUGUAUACAUUUAUAUAUAUUUAGUAUCUACAGAUUUGCUUGGCAACCAUGUGAAGCAAAUUAAAUAUAAUAUUUCUGCAAAUACCUUAAUACGUUAUAGGUUUUCCUUUUUGUAAUCAACAGAUUGCACCAUAUGUGAUAAAAUGGCAAAAUGUUUGAAAAACAUUGCAGUUGGUUUAACUAUCGCGGCCUUAAACGUAGCUUAUCACAAAAUUAUGAUGACAAGUGGAAACACGUGUACACCUACUCUUGUGAUGCAGUCAAACACCGUUAGAAAUACUGAAAGCGUGACGAUAUUCAAUGUUAUAUUAGAACAAAGGAAUAAUUUAUCAAAAAUUCUGAACAAGAAACAACAGGAAGUCGGACAGGAAGUAUGCAAGAGGACUAAUAGAACGAGUAAAACGGGAGGCUGGUGUUUAAGUCAGAGCAAAGGCGAAGGUGGCCAGCACAGGACGGACAAGAACCUUGUGACUGCUUUGAUAAAAUUAUUGAAAGGAAAGAGCAUCGGAAGUUUUGGUGAUGGGCCAGGACUAUACAAACAAUUCUUUCUUGAGUCUAAUGAAAUAAAUGUGUAUGAUGCAUAUGACGGGGCCCCAUUUUGUGAAAUAACCAGCAAUGGACGUGUAAAAUUUCUGGAUUUGACCCUUCCACAAUAUGGCCUGCCAAUCUAUGAUUGGAUAUUAAGUAUAGAGGUGGCAGAGCAUAUACCGAAAGAAUACGAAAGUGUAUAUAUCAGUAAUAUCGUUCGUCAUGCUAGAGAAGGGGUUAUCUUAAGCUGGGCUAGACCUGGUCAGAGUGGAUAUUCUCAUAUAAAUAACAGGCCAUUUCUAUACGUCAAAGACUUAAUGAAAACUUUGGGAUUUACACACGAUGAAAAGAAAUCAGACAUGCUUAAAUCUGCAACAGGUUUUCGGUACUUGAGAUACAAUUUAAAUGUAUACAGAAGACUUAUACCACCUGAUGUGUUACAGCUAUAGUAUAGCAGGAAGAUUGAUAACUUAUUUGAAUAAACACAAACUUUGAACAACCAUACAUAUUUCUAAACAGUAUCAUGUCGCAGAAGUCUCGACAGAGGAUGCCAUGAUAGUAGUUGUAGCCUUGAAGUCCGAGUAAGCGGAAAUACAUUAACAACUCAGUUUGUGUCCCCAAUAUAUCUACAUGAUGCACAUAUAACCUAUAAGACUUUGCACUGGUUACAUCCUUACGUUGCUGAGGCAAAUGUGCAAACUAGAGUUAGAAAACUUUCAAGUUAUAUAUCUCAUCACAGUGAUAUAGAUAGUAAAGGGAUAUAAAAGGGAUACAAAUGAAAAAAAUAGGCAAACAUCUAAAUUAUAGACUAUAUUUGACUAGCCCUCACAGAGAUAAUAUUAAUGAACCACCAUUUUGUUCAAAAUAACAUUAUAUUUCUUAAUUCUAGUGACAAGUUAUAAAACUUUACAAGCCGUUAUCCUUUGAAGUUCAUGAAGCAUAUCAAAUUAAUGAUAUGUGUAAUUUACAAACAAAUUUCAGCGAAGUAGAAAUUCGUAUGCGGCAUCGGAACAUUUUGUAAGCCUUACAUAAAUUAUUUGUUUUUUUUGUCAAGAAUAUAUAUAUAUAUAUAAUUUAAAAUAUGUGCGAGGCGAGGUUACGAUGGCUCCCCGACAAGAACGACGUGUACAAACUCCAAACGUCAAGCCAGGUCGUGGAUGAAUUCUGCCAUCUGUAUAACAAAUCCAUCAGAUGAUUCGAAUAACGACAGAGUUGAUUUUGGACGUUUCUGCUCGGAAACGUUAGUUACACGUAAAUACAGCGGCCGCAGCAGCUGUGCUGAGUUAGGCAAUUACAACGGAUCCGUGAUUGCCGUGAAUUUAUGGACGAUUUCAUAAAAGACUUACGUACUAAAAUUAGAAUUUCCUUCAAAGAUAAAUUCUUGGACUUCCCCCCUACUUUCCCCAAUCUUACCGAAAAGGUCCCAAACCUAUGUACCGGUGAAUUAUUUGAAUGCGUGAAGGAGUGAACAUAACGUCGUGAAGAGAACUAUUUGAGUAUUAGAGAAAUUAGCCGAGAAAUUGACAAUGACAAUAUGUGUAAAGUUUAGCUAGAGUGUUUUUAAUAUUUGUGUUGGAAAAACUGGAUUUUAGGAUAUUUAUGUAAGUGUUUUUGUUAUUUUAUUGGUUGUAUUUGAUUUUUGAAUACCUAGAUUUUUGACCAGGUUUUACGACUUUCGUUGCUUAAAACUUUGAGUAAGAGCGAUAUUAAUUUCGAAAAGUAGAACCACGUUUUUCAGACUUCAGUGUACACAUUUUGGCUAGGUUCAAUUUUUGACCCAUUCAGUUGUAAUUUUAAAGUAAUUUAGAGCAUCUGCAUUUGCAUACGUCUCGGAUAGGUUUCUUUUUAAUAAAGUUGCAUACGUAUUGACAGGUUUCUUUUAGUAAUAAGUGUUUAUCAUUAUUUUGACAGAGUGAUUUUUGUUCUGUCCAUUUUUUUUCUUUUGUCAUUCACAGGAAUUUUUCAUGUAAAAGUGAAUUUUUGAGAAAAUGAGAGGAAUUCAAUUUUAUUUCAUUAGUUAGUGUCAGUGAAAGGUAAUAUUUAUUUUUUGCACUGACAGAUAGUUUACCGUGUAAAAGUACUGAUUUUGCUAAGAUAAUCAUUCUUGUAAGUGAAAUUGAAAGAAAGAAAAUUUAUUCUGACUGAAUAGAUAGCAGUGCCAUUAAAAUUGGAUUUCAGAUUAUAAUCUCUACCAAAUUCAACGUUUGAGGAUUCAUCGGUAUUUAUAUAUGUCCAGUAUUCAUAAUACAUUUUAAAGUCAGUCUGUGCUUUUGAAAUUUAGAAAGAUCAGACUGUAUUAAUUUUCAAUGGGUAUAAACCCGAUGGUUUAGCAAUUCUUUUAAAGUAUUUUUUUUCUGAUUUCAUUUUAUUUCUUGAAAUCAAGUUAAAUAGAUUUAAAUGAUAGAGUACGUUUAAAAUUGGAAGUGGUACCCAAAUAGUCAUUUAAAGACUUAAAUUGAUAGCCAGUUAAUCAGUCAUUCGGAGUAAGUCAGUCGGUCAUUGAUCAGUGACUCAGUCAUAGUCAGUCAGUCAGUAAAUUAGUAAAUCCUAUCGUUAUAAUACAAAAUUUGCAAAAUUAGGUGUGUCACUAAAAACAUUACCCAUAUACCCUGAAAUCGACGUAAAAGUUCGAUUUUCAGUACCCAAAUAGGAUUUUUACUAAAUGUCUUACCCACUUUGCAUGCUUGCACAAACUUUCUUCUUUCCUGAGGGUUCCAGAAAGGUAUGUGAUAGUGGAAGUGUUGUUAUACAGUAUUAAAUAAGUAUUUGAAAUAUAUGCUUAUAGUUUGAUUACAGGUAUACCCGUAAGCUGGCCCUUACUUGAUUCCAUACAGUUUUGUACAGUGUAGUAAGUUUCAGAAUUGCCAGAU